AUGUCCGAAAUCCUCAACAAAAGUGAAAAUGAUGGUACGGGUGACCAGACCCAAUCCGAGACCACCAUCCCAUUACAACCACCCAGCCCGUCUGGGCCUGGAAUAUUGACUGUUACGCUCGAUCUGGCCUAUCGCCUGAGUCUACCAGACGACCUAGACCUACACGGUGUAAAUGUGACUGGUCCGGAAGUGGACGAGCGAUGGCGGGCAUACGCCAUCGCCGAAUAUGAAGGGUUCCAGCUGUCAACAGAGGCGAUGGCCAUCACCACUGAGGGCGUGGUCGCAUGGGCAUCAGUGUACCGGCCGUUCAAGUUUCACGUCUCCGCAUCUCCGUCAUCCGAAUUGACAAUUUCAAUGUUCAUCGAGGACAUGAAGCCUGAUGCGUCGGGAAGACAGGAAAACACACCCGUGCCCCUUGGUCUGAUCAAAUUGAACCCGUUCCUAGAAACUUCGAAUUGGCAAGACUUGGAUGUCCAAAAUGGCACGGGGAAAGUGACAAUCAAGAUAUCCUACACGCAGAAGGAGGACUCGCCUUUGGAGACGUGGGAUGAGUGGAGGGUCCGCGGUGAUCGUGAUCUUGUCAAUGUUGAAAAGGACACGGGUCAAAACUACGGCAUGACGGCCAUUGAUAAUUACGCCUACGACGCUGAUAUCUCUAGAUCUGAUAUUAAGCUCGCACCCAGCCUUGGCCUUUGCUCUACCAUUCAACACCCGUUCAUCGCACCGCUCAAUUUCGCUUUCAAAUCCGAGAGACUGUUAAAACUCCUUUCGCCGUUGGGUAGUGGCGGGUACCUCUUUGAUCAUUUGCAAAAGGCGCGGCGGUUUGAUACCAACAAAGCCAAAUUUUACGCUGCGGAGCUAGUUUGCAUACUGGAAUACCUGCAUGACAAGCACAUCAUUCUCAGUUCCCUGAAGCCAGAAAAUAUUCUUCUGGAUUCAUCUGGACAUAUCAGUCUUUGCAAGCCUGGUCUUUUUGCGUUGAUAUCGGAGAAUAUGGGAGAUGUUGAUCUCAUUUUGCCUGGUACGGCUGAGUAUCCAGCCCCCGAAGUACUCAACGACCAUAGGGCUUCCCGGGUAGUAGAUUGGUGGGCUCUGGGCCUCAUUCUCUAUGAGAUGUUGACGGGCAUACCCCCUUUCUGCCAUAAGGACGACGGCGAGCGGCGCCACAGAAUCAUUGGCCAAGACCUAGAGCUCCCUGAGAGCCUACCAUCAACCGCGAAAGACAUCUUAACCAAGCUCCUUGCGAAAAUUCCCACCCAACGAUUAGGUACAAAUGGAGCCACCGAAGUGAAAGCCCACGCGUUCUUCCACGAUGUAAAGUGGCAUGAAUGCCUCCAGCGGAAGUCUGCAACUCCCUUCAAGCCCCAUGACGCCUCAGUGGUCUUCUGGCGUGAUCCUUAUACAUACCAGUCCUUCAGAGCCGUCAGAGAGCGAAAAGUACGCGAUGGAGUGGUAUACGAACACCUACAAGCUGAUAUGCCUACAUGGUGGCUAUCAGUUGGGCGGGUCAAUGACAAAAGCAACGCCGCGAGCAAGAAGGUCUCACUCAAUCCUGGGGAUGAUGAUGUAUUGGAGUCACAGGAACUGACAGCCCAAGAAUUACAUUUUAUCAAGAAUCUUUUCACUGACAAAACGGACUCGACUAAGCCUGAAAUUGCCUCCCCGAGCUCAAUUUGUCCACCGGUGAUUGGACCUCCUAGUGAGAAACAGAAAAAGGAAGCACUCGCAGCUGCAUUGGAAGCCGGACACAGCAAGCAUGUCUUCUCUCACAUCCUCAGUUACGGCAUGGAUCUGAAUGUCCGCAUUCUCAAUUACGACCAAACGCCCUGCGAUCUAGACAUUAUACUGAAUACUCGGGAUGAAAUAGAGCUUACACCAUUGGAAUGGGCCGUUGAGCACGAAAGACUCGAUCUGGUCAAUAUAUUCCUGGAUAACGGCGCUGACGCGAACUACACUAUCUUCCAGGAACAUGGACCAGCCCUGUUUAAGGCAGUGAAAAACAAACACCAGAACAUGGUUGAGGUUCUUGUGCUGAGAACAAACCGAAUCUCCUGUACUAGAGCCCUUGCUCUCGCGGUGGAGCAACAAGACACCACAAUCGCUAACAUCCUUCUUGCGCACGGCGUCAGCUGUGAUUUUGAGGAAUCGGAUCGGCCUCGUCCACCUGAGCCGAUCUUUCGUGAUCACGACUCUCAGAUGGAUAGAGAGUUGGAAUCGGAAGAUAUCACGCCUCCCCUCGUCCGGGCUACUAGAUUAGGCAACGCAGCUCUAGUGGCAUUGCUGAUUGAACAUGGCGCUGAUACCAAUGUUGCAUAUCACGAUCUAGGCGGCCGCCCCACGCGCCCCCCUUUCGGUGCGUAUAAAAGCAGAGACUCGAGGAUACCUGCCAACUUCUCCUGUGGAAGAGUUGUACAAUUGGCGAUGGAGAUGGGUCAUUCGACGAUCGUCCAAUUGCUCAUCGAUGCCGGUGCAGAUAUUGAUCUUCCUCAUCCGCUCUGGCCCAUACCCGUCUGGCCUAUACCGGGUCAUAUAUGUCUGCCAGUGCCGAGAGCUGUCUACGUCGAGGUGACAGCUGGCUUGGAGGAAGUGGUAGCGGAAAGAAAGAAGGACAGAGCCUAG